AUGAAUAAUAAGAGGACGUCUGUAGAGCAGCUCAUUUCAUGCCCAAUUUGCUCUAGAAGAGUUUUCUUUUCCCUAAUCAACUCUCAUCUUGAUAUAUGUGGCAAAGAAAAGUCAAAACCUUCAAGUAGACCACAAACGGUGUCAAGUCUUUUGGCAGGUCCAAAGAAGAGGAAACAAACUAAUGCAGAGAAGUUCAUUGAUCUCGACAACGAAGAUCAUGAAAUUAAGACAGAUAUUAAGAAUGAGGACGAAGACAUGACUGCUGAAAAUGAAAGCAAAAGAUUUAAGGAAGCUCCAUCCACGGAUUCUGCAAAAUCAGUAAUAGACUCUGCUUCGAGUAGAGGUCAACUUCAUAACGAUUACGAAAGCAGGUUGCUGCAGAAGAUAAGCCAUUUGCCACUUAGUGAAAAGUUAAGGCCAAAAGAAUUAAGAGAUUAUGUAGGACAGCAGCACAUUCUCUCUCAAGAUAACGGUACAUUAUUCAAAUAUAUAAAACAGGGAACUAUCCCAUCUAUGAUACUCUGGGGCCCUCCAGGUGUAGGAAAGACUUCACUGGCUAGACUAUUAACGAAGACUGCGACAACCAGUAAUAGUGAAUCAAACGUUGGUUCUAAAUAUUUCAUGAUUGAAACAAGUGCGACAAAGGCAAACACGCAGGAAUUAAGAGGUAUAUUUGAAAAGUCUAAGAAGGAAUAUCAACUGACCAAAAGAAGAACUGUUCUUUUUAUUGAUGAGAUUCAUAGAUUCAAUAAAGUUCAGCAGGACUUGUUAUUGCCACAUGUGGAAAACGGUGACAUUAUUUUGAUUGGGGCAACGACAGAAAACCCAAGUUUUCAGCUGAACAAUGCUCUGAUUAGUAGAUGUUUGAUUUUUGUCCUAGAAAAGUUGAAUGUGAAUGAGCUGUGUAUUGUUCUAUCAAGAGGAAUCGCAUUAUUGAAUAAAUGCAGGAAACAAGUUUGGAACAUUGAAAAUCCUUUGAAAUUGUCCAGAAGCAUACUAGAAUACGUCGUGGAUCUAUCCGUAGGUGAUACAAGGAGAGCAUUGAAUAUGUUGGAAAUGAUCGAAGUUUCAACAAGAGAACGCAAGGCCAACGAGGAAGAAUUAUCCACUGAUGAUGUACGAGAUAUAAUUAAGAGUAAUAGCAGUAAUGGGCUUAACACAUAUUAUGAUCCAAAAGGAGAUAACCAUUAUGAUACAAUCUCAGCGUUUCAUAAAGCUAUUAGAGGUGGGGAUGAAAACGCUUCAUUGUAUUAUUUAGCAAGAAUGUUACAGGGAGGGGAAGAUCCAUUAUAUGUUGCCAGAAGGAUGAUUCGAAUAGCCUCUGAAGAUAUCGGAUUACGGGAUAAUUCAUUAUUACCAUUGGCUGUCGCAGCGCAUGACGCGGUGAUGAAAAUUGGUUUGCCAGAAGCAGACCUUGCACUCGCACAAUGUUGUGUUGCUUUGGCUAGGGCACCCAAGUCAGUAGAAUUAUAUAGAGCUUGGAAGAAAUUAAGGGCAAUGAUGAGUGAAAAUAUGUAUAGUUUAGCAAGCAGUGAAAUACCGAUGCAUAUCAGAAAUGCGCCAACUAAAUUAAUGGAAGAGCUUGGCUAUCAUAAAGGCUACAAGUACAAUCCUGAUUAUAUUGAAGGAAAGGUUGAACAAGAUUACUUCCCUAAAGAAGUACUUGAGAAAUGUCCAAAUAAAACCGAUUUGAAGUUCCUGGAUGGUAAACACUUAGGAGACAAAGAAGAUCCUGACUUGAAACAGGCAUAUCAGAGUUAG